AUCCCGACGUUCGGCUUAAUGACGACCGUGGGCAUCUUUCAGGUGUAUUGGAAGGAUAACCAGCUGCCUCCGUGGUCUAACACGGACACAUAUCUUGGAUUAUAUCCAUCUUUGGGUUUCUAUUUGUUCUACUUUGCGGCCCCUUUGGCAUCCUGUUCGACACGUUCGGGCCCCGAUGGCUCGUGACCCCCGCAACAAUUGUGUACAGCGCGGCCUUCCUAGGCGUCGCCUUCAGCAGCCAAUACUGGCAACUCAUGGAAUGCUUCUGCGCUGCCGGUAUAGGUGCCGGUAGGUUCCUUGUCCAUCUCGGGUAAAGCGUAACUGUCAAGAAGUAUCCUAACGUUACGGACGUAGCGGCUUUGACCACCAUUGCGCUAGCCGUUAUUAAUCAUUGGUUCGACGACAAGAAGGGACUGGCCAUGGGCAUUUGCACCAUGGGUGUAGGACUGGGUGGCGUGAUCUUCUCAGUGGUGCUUCGGUUCACCACCAAGAACUUCGAGUGGACGACGGCAAGCCUCAUCCAUUUUGCCAUAAUUUGCGCCUUUUUAUCCCUCGGGUGCGCCUUGACGAGGCCCAGAGUACUCAAGGCUUGCAAAGGAAAGAUAUGGGACUUUGCCUGCUUCAGGCGUUGGAAGUUUGUCCUCUUCACCUUCAGCGUCUGUGGCUUCGAGUUGGUGCUGUUCGUAGCGUGGGGUCUGCUGCCCACGUAUGCCAGAAUAGUCAAGCUCGGCGAUGUUUUCUACUUGACCCUUGUCUUCAGUGUGGGGUCUUCCUUCGGCAGGAUUGUUCCUGGACAUUUCACCGAUAAAAUAGGCCCUUUCAAUGUGACCAUAACCAUGACCAUAUUCACAGAGGCGGCCAUGCUUGUGUUGUGGCUAGCGUUCGGAGACACGUCCGCACCUGCGCUCUAUGCCGUCGCCUUUUGUCUUGGAUUCGGUACCGGUAGCUUUGUGUCGACGGCUGCUACAUGUCUCGGACGACUCUGCGACCCGCAAGACAGUGGCACAUACAUCGGCUGCUGCUAUGCUGUGGUCAGUCUGGCAACCUUGGUCGGCAACCCAGCCAGUCAGGCUGUCCUGGGGGACGGUAAGGGCAGCCGUCCUCGCUUGAUGAUUGCCUUUCUUGCGAUCGUUCUCGCAAUGGCGCUCGUGAGUUGCUGUUUGGUUCGUUGGUUGUGUUUGAAACGCAGCUGGAAAUGGUUGGCAAAGGUGUGGUUCGAGGAAUGUCGACUCCAACCAUCUGACCACGAGGGCCGAAAAUUCCUUUCUUAUUUAUAACUGGAGUCUGCAAGGAUCCUCUCGUUUUGAUGAUGAAGGAUGACUGGGUAGACCGGCAGUCUUGGCUAUCCCAGUGAGGCACUGUUCCAACGUGGUUGGCUGACGACAGCGUUGGCUAUCUGAGUUAAGGAGCGCCUCAUGCAGCCCUCGUCGAAAAUGACUUGCAGGAUCAGACCAAAGGUUGCAGGACGAUGACCGCCCAACGCAAAGCGGUUACGAAUCGUAUGAUAAUGCAAGAGUGAAGCUGGUCAGAGCGAGCGGAAUGACAUACACCGCAACUUGAAUUGGUUUUGGGCGCUUUCAUGCUUUACUCCCUUAGUAGCCUCGAGUUCAUAUAUUUACUGAC